AUGUCAGGAUCAUUUUGGAAAUUUAGUAAUGGGUUUACAUCACUUUCAAAUAUCUCAACGUUAUUAGAGGACUACAACAGAGAUCAAGAAUCGGGGAAGAUAGAAGAAGGUGGACAAUUUAGGAUUUUGUUGAAGUUGUUGUCUGAAAAUGACUUGUUGCAAGAAUUAUUGUCAAAUAAUCCGAUGUUGAUGGGAUUUUUAAGAGAAGAUAAAGUUUUGAGCAUGCUUGUUGAUUUAGUGAUAACUGAAGGUAUUAUCGAUGAAUUCGAAGAAGAAGCAAACCAUGAUGCUGAGCAAAAUGACAAACAGGAACAAGAAACCGAAAAAGAAGAUUCAACUAGUGAAAAGAGUUCAUUAAAGUUUGACAACAAUGAAGAAGAAGAAGAAGAGGAUGAAGACAACGAAGUCGGCAAAUCUGCUAAUGAUGAUGAUGAUGAGCCAGCAGAAACAGAAGAAGAAAAAGCUACUAAAAGAGCAACCAUUGCUGCUGAAAUAUUGAGUGCUGAUGUGUGGUCCUUGACUGAUGCAGUGAUGGUGUCGACUGAGAAUUUAAAUAGAUUGUGGGAGAUUCUUGAUAACAAAGAGCCUUUGAGUAUCAACUUGUCCACAUACUUUAUGAAGAUUAUGGAACAUUUAUUAGAUAUGAAGUGUGAUGACAUGAUAACCUAUUUGAUUGAAAACCAGCCAAACUUGGUUGCCAAAUUUAUAAAUCAUUUAUCGAAUCCACCAUUGAUGGAUUUCCUACUUAAAUUAAUAUCCACAGAUAAGCCAGAUAAUUCGACUGGUAUAAUAGAUUUUUUACAGAACCAAAACUUGGUUACACAUUUAAUUGAUGCAUUAGAUAUUUCAAAUGAUGACAAGGAGAAUUACGAAUUGCUGUUGAUUAAACAAAGCUCAACUGCGGAUUUUUUGAAGGCUUUGAUUACGAUAUCUGCAAACUCCACAACUGAUAAUUCCACUAUUGGUCCUAAUGAAUUAACAAGAGAAUUGGUUUCUCACGAGCAAAUGACACGUUUAUGUAAUAUUAUGUUGAAAGGAGGUUAUGCCUUAGCAAAUGGUGUUGGGAUCAUAAUAGAGAUUAUCAGAAAGAAUAAUUCAGAUUAUGAUAUCUUACAAAUCUUGCACAUACGAUUGGAGAACCAUCCACCAACCGGUAGAGACCCUAUAUACUUGGGCCACUUGUUGCGCGUAUUUGGAGAAAAGAUUGAAGAUUUCAAUGAAUUGUUAGUUAAAGAGGAUCCAGAACGUAAGUUGAAAACACCAUUUGGUGAUAUUGAACCAUUGGGAUUUGAAAGAUUUAAAAUUUGUGAGUUGAUUGCUGAGUUGUUACAUUGCUCCAACAUGGCAUUACUUAAUGAAAAUAGGGGAGCUGAUGUGGUUAGAGAAAGAGACGAAUUGCGAAACAAAAUGAGGGACUUUGACCCAAUCAGUUUCAAGUACAAUGAAACAAUCAUCCUUCCUGACGAAAGCAAUUCCAGUUCUAAUCUGGACUCUGCUGUCAACGCCAAUGAUACCAUAGACGAAUUCAAUGGUGAUGAUAGCAUUGAUGAUGAGGAGCCACAUGCAAAUGCCAAUUUGACAGAAGAGCAAAUAAGAGCCAAUCCUGUUGUGGGAGAUUUCUUGAAGGUUGCUUUGUUUGAUACCCAGAUUAUAUCCAAUAUCUUGUCCAUGUUUUUCCGUUUCCCAUGGAAUAAUUUCUUGCACAAUGUGGUAUUUGAUAUUGUACAACAAGUUUUGAAUGGAUCAAUGGAGAUUGGGUUCAACAAGUUUUUGGCGAUUGAUUUGUUUCACCUGGGAGAUAUUACCAAUAAGAUCAUUGAAGGACAAAAGUUAUGUACUGAUUACGAAGUUUUACAUAAUGGCUUGAGAUUAGGAUUCAUGGGUCAUUUGACCUUAAUUGCCGAAGAAGUUGUCAAGUUUGUUCAGUUAUACCCUUCAAAUACACUUAGUGAAUUGAUUGAUCUUAAAGUUGAAAGUGAAGUCUGGGAGGAGUAUGUGAAUAAUGUGUUGUAUGAUACUAGAGAAAAGUAUAAUGCCAUCUUAGGUGGCGGUGAUGAAGAUGAAGACGAUGAGGAAGAAGAAGAAGAAAGCACUACUUUUGAUGAAGGAUUGGGGGAAAUCAUAGACGAGGUUAAGACAGGUUUAGUCUUUGAAGAGCCAAAAAAGAGAGAUUUAUUAGAUAGUGAUGAAUCCGAGUCUGAUGACGAUGACCAUUUUUCAAAUUACAUGUCACAGCAGUUAACAAACCCUUCAAUAACACCUAAUCACGAACACGAAGAUGAACUUGAGACUUCCAGCGAAGAUGAUGACGAAGACGAUGAGUAUAUAGAUCCAAAUGACGAUGGGAUGUCCUACAAGAAGACCAACUCCUUGUAUGAUUCUACUGGUUCAUUGAAGAAAGUUGGCGACAAUAACGACGACGACGAUGAAGAUGAUGACGAAUUUAGUGAUGACUCAAGCAGCUCUGAAGACGAAGAAGAGGAUGAUAAGCAAAACACGAAACUAACGAGAUCUGCUAGUAAAGGUUAG